UCUCAGAACUCAUCUUCAAUGAAAGCUGCGGUAUUAGCUCUUUGUGUCCUGGUGGGCAUUGUCCAAGCCAGGCCCCAGCUGAAGUCAUUGCAGCGCCUGGCCGGAGCCGUACCCAGCAUUUUGAGAUACGACUUUGACAACAAUGGCUUUGGAGGAUUUUCAUACACUGUAGACACGAGUGACGACUUCCACGAGUUCGCGGAAGGCGAAAUCAAAAACCCGGGGACGGACGACGAAGCUCAAGUAAUCCAGGGGCGGUACUCGUAUGUAGGCGAUGACGGGAAGACGUACGAAGUGGAGUACAGGGCGGACGAGAACGGCUUCAUGGCAGCUGGUGACCACAUCCCUAAGGGAGCAGCAGGAACGGUGCCGAAAGGACAGCUAGGAAUCCCGUCAGCUGCGGCUGCGUCGCUAGCUGGAGGUGGCUUGGGUUAAGCUGUUGAUGUGGGAGGCAAAUUUGUAUAUUUGUAUAUUGUUAGAAAUAAAGUAAUUAAGACGA